GUGCAAAACAAACCCCAAUCCCUACUUGGACCGAUCUCUCCGCUCCACUUCCUCUUCCUCUGCCGUCUCGGAUCCAAACCACCGGGCGGGGCACCCCUUCCCCUCUUGGUUCUUCACCUUCGGCCGCACGGCAGCAUAGGCGGUGGCAGCCGACGUCUCUCCCUCCUUCCCCAUAAAACCGAUCUGCGUUAAAUUCUCGCUGUCUUUUGACCACGGUUCAGAAGGCGUAUAAAGAAGUUGGAAAUUUCAUCAGGUUUUCUUUUGAAUUAGUGGAAUAUGGCAUCUGGAUUGAUAAAUGCUAAUCCUGUAGUUUAUGAAAGAAAAGAGCGCCAGGUUCGGAGUGUGCCAACAAUCAUUGAUGAGGAUGCUGAAGAGCUAAUUGAUCAACAGGAAAUUUUUGAUUAUAUUAGAGAUAUACAGGAUCCAGAACACCCAUAUACACUGGAAGAGCUGAAGGUGGUAACAGAAGAUUCAAUUGAAGUGAAUGAUAAAAAAAGUCAUGUUAGUGUUACUUUUACACCAACGGUUGAGCAUUGCAGUUUGGCAACUACUAUUGGACUUUGCCUUCGUGUUAAACUUAUGCGUAGUCUCCCUUCUCAUUACAAGGUGGACAUAAGGGUGGCACCUGGGACUCAUGCAACUGAAGCUGCUGUGAAUAAGCAGUUAAAUGACAAAGAACGGGUUGUAGCAGCUCUGGAGAAUCCUAAUCUAAUGUACAUGAUCGACAGGUGCUUAGAACCAGCCUUUUAUUAUUGAUCUUGGUUGGGACCUCCUCCCAGAAUUAUGGAGACCACUGUUUGUAUGUUUCUCCUGCCUUCCCACCACUUUAUCUUACUGCUGUUUUGAAAUAUUUCAAGGAUCUCACUUGUAUAAUUGUAUUGAUUUUGUGAACUAUGAUUAUUUCGGAACAUAAAAAUUCCUGUGAUCAAUAAAAGCAAAUAGUUUUGACA